AUGGCUGCUUUAUCCAAAUUUCAACCUGUUUCCGGAAAUGCUUCAAUCAGUCAUUUGUUUUAUGGUGCUACCACAAUUGCUUCACUUCUUUUUGUUGCCGCAUUUGUAAAUAUUGUCAGAAAAGGAGUUCCAUCAUCAAUAAUUUUGAAAUCAAAAAAUGUAAGAAGCUGGAAAUCUUCAAAAUGGUAUAAUACAAUGAAUACAACGCUUCUAUAUAAACUUCAUUUUUUGUUAAAAAUUAUUAUUCCACGUUUCAAAUGUAGAGAAACAUUUCUCAUUGCACUGUACUCCGUUGUAUUGCUGUCAAGAACAUUGUUGUCCAUUUAUGUAGCAUCUCUAGAAGGUCAUUUAAUUCGAACAAUUGUUGAAAUACAAUCUGCUGCAUUUAUUCGAUAUCUUAUCAAAUGGUUCUUGGUAGCAAUACCUGCUACAUUUGUUAAUAGUAUGAUCAAGUUCAUGGAAGGUUAUGUUGCCAUAGCAUUUCGUGCUCGUCUUACUCAAUACGCUUACAAUAAAUAUUUAUCGGAUUGUACAUAUUAUCGUGUAAAUAAUUUGGAUGAACGACUAAAAAAUGUUGAUCAAUGUUUGACAGAUGAUGUUAUGGCAUUUUGUCAAACAACUUCACGCCUGUUUUCAUUAAUCCUUAAGCCACUUUUUGACAUCAUCUUCGUAGGAUCGACACUGGUAUAUAAAUCAUGGAAAGCAAAGUUAGGUUCAGGUAUAUUCCUUUUGAUUAUCAUGGGGCCUGGUAUUUUGAUGAGUACUGCUGGACUAUUGCGGUUCAUAUCGCCUAACUUUAGCGAAUUAUUUUCGGAAGAAUCAAAAAAGAAAGGUGCUUUACGCUUUUUACAUUCACGUCUCAUUUCGAAUUCUGAAGAAGUUGCACUUUACAGAGGGCAUGAGACUGAAAAAAUUUGCCUGCUAAAAGCAUUUAAUAACAUUCAACAUCAUGCAUACUUAAUCUGCCGGAAGAAAAUACCGUAUAUCAUGGUAGAACAAUAUUUAUUGAAAUAUUUAUGGACAGCUACGGGUAUGAUUAUGAUUGCUCCUCCGUUAUUCACCACAAAAUCUACCAAAGCAUCAUCAAAAAUAAAAGUGGGCGAUCGAACAGCUAAUUUUAUGACUGCAAAAAAUUUGAUGGGUGUUGUAGCAGGUGCUGCUGAAAAAUUAAUGAUUUCCCAUAAAGAGGUGAUCGAAUUGGCUGGAUAUGCAUCACGUGUUUAUCAUAUGUUCGAAGUUUUUGAAGACGUAAAACAACAAAAAUUUAUCCGGGAAAAAAGUCUGGAAAACAUGAGCGAGAAUGAUAUGGUACAAUUUGAUACUCAUGAAAUACAUGGUCAAAUUCUUCAAACAAAUGGCAUUGUUAGAUUAUGUGAUGUGCCGAUUGUUACUCCAGCUGGUCAUAUCAUUGUCAACAAUUUCAGUAUUGAGAUUCAUGCUGGCAUGCAUUUAUUCAUUACUGGUCCAAAUGGUUGUGGUAAAAGUUCACUGUUUCGAAUCCUUGGUGGUUUAUGGCCAGUAUAUCGUGGACGAUUGGAAUUACCGCCAAAAGCAGAAAUGUAUUAUUUACCGCAACGACCGUAUAUGACUUUCGGAAAUCUAAGAGAUCAGAUCAUUUAUCCGGAUACUGUGACGGAUAUGCGAAGGAAAGGUAUCACAGAUACUGGUUUGAUGGAAAUUUUAAAAACGGUACAUUUGAGUGAUAUUGUGGAGCGUGAAGGAGGUUUCGAAAGCAAACGUGAAUGGAUUGGUGUUCUAUCAGGUGGUGAAAAGCAACGAUUAGGCCUAGCAAGGAUUUUUUAUCAUCAACCAAAGUAUGCCUUACUGGAUGAAUGUACUAGUGCAAUAUCGAUAGAUGUCGAAGCACUGAUUUAUCAAGCAAUGAAAGAUGCCGGCUUUACACUUCUCUCUGUAUCACAUCGUCCAAGUCUUUGGCGAUUUCACACUCAUCUUCUGCAGUACGACGGGCAAGGAAGAUAUCGGUUGUGUCCGAUGGAUUCCGAAAUUUUACAAUCAUCCAACAGCGAUAUGAAUAAAAAUGAGUUAUUCUGUGGUAAUGGCAGUACGAAAGACUCCAUUCUGAACUAUUCAUCAAGCAUUAAUGAAACAUAACUGAUGAAUUUCCAUUGUAUAUUUUGAUUGUUGUAAUAGUAAUUACAGUUUUCCUUGUCAAAUAAUUAAAAAUCCUGUUAUCAAAGAAUAAAUGAUUCAACAAUGAAUCAAAC